CACCAGUGAAGCCUUUGGGGCGGGGCCUCGGCCGGGCAUCUACAGAGGCUGCGAUUUCACAUCGGAAACAAAACAGCCGCUGCUCGGGGGGCAACCUCAGCUGCGAGCGGCCGGCGGGAAAGGCGAGGAAAGAGUAGGCCUGACUGAAGACCUGGCUAGUCCUGUUGCCUGCCUCUGCUUCCUGCUGAGCUCCAUGUGAAGAGCAGCUCUUCCAGGACCUAAUACGGGAGCCUGCAGGUGACAGCAGCCGUCGAGGUCCUUAGAAAGCUUGGCCUGGAAGAGAACACAUGAAAGAAAGAACCCCAGGAGGCUUUGUUUUCUGUGAAAAAGUAUUUCUAUACAGUUGCUCCAAUGACAGAGUUACCUGCACCCUUGUCCUACUUCCAGAAUGCACAGAUGUCUGAGGACAACCACCUGAGCAAUAGCGUACGUAGUCAGAAUGAGAACAGAGACCGGCAUGAGCACAGUAGCGAAAGGCGGAGGCGUGGCAACCCUGAGCCAUUAUCUAAUGGACGACCCCAGAGUAACUCUAACUCACAGCAGGUGGUGGAGCAAGAUGAAGAAGAAGAUGAGGAGCUGACGCUGAAAUAUGGCGCCAAACAUGUGAUCAUGCUCUUUGUCCCAGUGACUCUCUGUAUGGUGGUGGUUGUGGCUACCAUCAAGUCAGUCAGCUUUUAUACCCGGAAGGAUGGGCAGCUAAUCUAUACCCCAUUCACAGAAGACACCGAUACUGUGGGGCAGAGAGCCCUGCACUCAAUUCUGAAUGCUGCUAUCAUGAUCAGCGUCAUAGUUGUCAUGACUAUUCUCCUGGUGGUUCUGUACAAAUACAGGUGCUAUAAGGUCAUCCAUGCCUGGCUUAUUAUUUCAUCUCUGUUGUUGCUGUUCUUUUUCUCAAUCAUUUACUUGGGGGAAGUGUUUAAAACCUACAACGUUGCCAUGGACUACAUUACUGUUGCUCUUCUGAUCUGGAAUUUUGGCGUGGUGGGAAUGAUUGCCAUUCACUGGAAAGGUCCGCUCCGACUCCAGCAGGCGUAUCUCAUCAUGAUCAGUGCCCUCAUGGCCCUCGUAUUUAUCAAGUACCUCCCGGAAUGGACUGCGUGGCUCAUCUUGGCUGUGAUUUCAAUAUACGAUUUAGUGGCUGUUUUGUGUCCAAAAGGUCCACUUCGUUUGCUGGUUGAAACAGCUCAGGAGAGAAAUGAAACUCUCUUUCCCGCUCUUAUUUACUCCUCAACCAUGGUGUGGUUGGUGAAUAUGGCAGAAGGAGACCCAGAGGCCCAAAGGAAGGUAUCCAAAAACUCCAAUUAUAAUGCACAAAGCACAGAAAGUGAGUCACAAGACCCUGUGACAGAGAGUGAUGAUGGCGGCUUCAGUGAAGAGUGGGAAGCCCAGAGGGACAGUCGCCUAGGACCUCAUCGCUCUACAACUGAGUCACGCGCUGCUGUACAGGAACUUUCCAGCAGCAUCCUAGCCAGUGAGGACCCAGAGGAAAGGGGAGUAAAGCUUGGGUUAGGAGACUUCAUUUUCUACAGCGUGCUAGUUGGCAAGGCUUCCGCAACAGCCAGUGGGGACUGGAACACAACCAUAGCCUGCUUUGUAGCCAUAUUGAUUGGUUUGUGCCUUACAUUAUUACUCCUCGCCAUUUUCAAGAAAGCAUUGCCAGCUCUUCCAAUUUCUAUCACCUUUGGGCUUGUUUUCUACUUUGCCACAGAUUAUCUUGUGCAGCCUUUUAUGGACCAAUUAGCAUUCCAUCAGUUUUAUGUCUAGCAUCUUUGCAAUUAGAAUCCCAUGGAUUUUUCUCCUUUGACUAUAAUAAAAUCUAGGGAGGACAAAGGUGAUUUUCCUGAGUCCACAUCUAACGAAGUCAAGAUUCCCGGCUGGACUCUUUGCAGCUUCCUUCCGAGUCUUCCUGACCACCUGCGCUAUUGGGCAUCGGGAGGAGGUAUCUACAGAAAAAGGUUUUGAACAUACGUCACUGAGGUGUACUGAGUCCCUCAGUGCAAAAGCUACCACAUUUGAGGGACAAGGAAGAGCGUUGGGCCAAGAAGUUGUCGUGUUCCCACAGUUUGGCCCUUGGUCACAGGUGGAUUUUUACCAACACUGCAGAUCUCAGGACUACCAUUACCAAGAGGUUAAGUGAAGUGGUUCGAACCAAACAGAACUCUUCAUCUUAAACUCCGUGUUGAAAAUCAACCUAAUAACUCUGUAUUGAAUUCUGAGCCUUUUCAGGGGCACUGUAAGGAGAACAGGCGCCAGCAGCAAAAGGGAAAGGUGGAAAGGGGCUCAAACUUGCACUUUCAGACUUUUCUUUGCUGCAGACUUACCCUUUUUAAAUAAGACCUUUUUUCAUCUUGAGUCAAGUCAGAUGUGUAGGUUGAUUUUGACAAUUUUCGUUCUCAAGCACUGAAACUCAUUACCAUCUGUGGUUGCCAUUUCUUCCCAAGGCCAGUCUGACCCUAUUUGAGGUUGCUUUAUCCUAAAAGUCUUAACCUCAGGUUCCAAAUUCAGUAAUUUCUGGAAAUAAUGGAACUAUAACUCAACAAUUCCCUAUCACCCUUAGGUAAAUUUUGGAUUUUCCACAAAAUUCUUAAUUUUCAGACAUACUUGUAGGUUUGCUUGUCCCCAGAUAACUCCUUUGUUCCCCAUCUCUCCCUUCACUCCCGCCAUGAGCAGUUCUUUUAUCCAGCAAAUAAGACAGCUCUGUUGUAGCAGAUGGUCCGGUUAUCCUAAGGUUUACUCUGUGUGGUGCAAAGAAUGUGUUAUGAAUCAGUGCUGUCAGCCUUGCUGUUGUAAUUUCUCAAUAGCAAAUACAACGUGUGCCCAAAGACAGUAGAAUUAAAGAAGAGUAAAACGGCUGGUGAAGCACUUUCUGUCCUGGUUUUUCUUUUUUUUUUUUACUACAACCCAUUGUCUCUGACAAUAGGUCAGAAUUUAAUCCAAUACCCCAAAGCUGGUAGCUUAUAAAGUUCUUGAAUCAGUUGUAUCAGUACAAAGCGAGCUCACCGUUAUUUCACUUGGUGAGCUGUGGGAGAACCGAGGGUCAGGAGAACCAGCUGCCAAGAGAAGAAAGAAGGGGCCUCCCACAGCCAAGGGGACCAGAUGAGCUGAUGUUCCGUGGGCAGAUGUUGAGGACAUCCGCGUUCUUCCUCAAGAACCUCACAAUGGGUGUUUUGUGGUUUCCCUUCCGCAUUGCCUUCCAUUUCAGUGCACCUUUGUGAGAGUGGGGCGGUGGCGUUCAGGCCCUGUGCACUUCAGUUGGACGAUGCACAUACAGCCGUCAGCCUGUGGGCACGUGGCACCUCUGAAUGGGGCUUUGCCAGGGCACAAGCCUUCUUUCUCCACAGACGGCCCUUCGCCACGGUGAUGAGACUGUAGCAUUUGUGAGAAACUUAGUUUCCCCUGGGGCCGAAGAGAGGCCAGCCUUUCCUCUUUUUCCUGCUGCUUUCUCUCCAGCCAUAUGGUCUGGUUUGGGGUUUUCCCUGGGGUUUAGAAUAUUUUUUUCCUGUCAUGGAAUAUUUCUUGUAAGAAACUAACUUUAGAAGUAGUGGUACUAACCUGAGUAUAAGUAAAAAGCGGCUCGUCUUAGGCAGUGGAGAGCUGCAGGAAAAUAAGAGCUCUGCAAAGCAAGAGCGGGGCUUGCAGCACCAGGUCCUCUCAGCUCUGUUUCUUUUCAUUUAGCCCUCUUUUCCCAAGAUUCUCUCUUUUUCUCCUCAGAUAUGUGGCUGCGUGGGUAUUAUCUUCUAGAAAGACAUGCAUCUUAAAGCCACUUGAACCCCAGUUUGUGGUUUGAGGCAGGCCUGUGGGAGCCCCGUCUGGAGUAGCUUGUUUGUGCGAGGGUGCCCCGUGUGCUGUAUCUCUCGUGAAAGGUUCAUCUCAGAAGAGAUGUGGUGUGUGUGCGCGUGUGUUUAAAUCCACCCUAUGUAUUAUUGUCCUACGUAGAAAGAUUGCGAUAAACGUCACUUUCUACAACAUGGAACUACAUCCCAGUGUAGAGAGACCACACCGUCUUUCUUUAAAUCGCCAGUCUCACACACAGAACUUUUUCUUUGUACUUUCUUAGAGUCCAUUCAGUUGUUUCUGAAAUAUCAAAAUGCUAGUCUUCCACCAUGAAAAACAGAGUGCCACCAGAGAAAACAGAAGCCGUUCCACUGAGGGUGUACCCUCACUCAGGGCGAGGGGUGGCUGUGGAGCGAAGCGGUACAGCAUGACCAGCACUGCCGCCUGCUUAGAGAAGAGGAGGAGGACAGGAGGCACAAGGGUGACCGCUGACGUCCGGCUCUGACUGGCCUGCAGGAUAAAGAGAGUUGAGGUACAGGAUGUUGCUGUCAACCAGCCUGGGGAAAUCCCAACCAUAUUUGGAAGAUUUGAGGAUUUUUUUCAAAGAGGAAGGGCUUGCUUUCCUGUUUUUGGCUCUCACUGCCUUCAUGUGUGGUCCUAGGAUCACAGCUCUCGCUAUAAAUGACUAAAUUUUUUAUCAGAAAAAAUAGAAGCUUUCUAAGCAACUUGGAAGAAAAUCGUAAAUGAGCAGUUUAUUUCAGUACAGAAGCAACAACUAAAGAAGUAGUGUUUUUACUUUUAAACUCCUGGAUCUCCAUUUUUAAGGUGUCCAUUGGUUUGAAAAAUCCUCUCCCACAACAGAUGCCCAAACAAAUAAUAUAUUUAGUACUUGUCCUUUACUGGGCCUCAAAAAACUGUGUAUGUGGUCUUGAUCCUAACUUGUAGGAUGUGAGACAGAGGUUAAGCUACUACGUAGGGUCUUCCAGGGUCAGACUUCUCAAGGGAGCCUCCGGUCCUGACCCCCAGUGCCCGGCCUCGCGUGUUCAACUAUUCAUGCUCCAACCCUGGAAGAAAGCUCAGAAACCACUACGAAAAGAUCUGUUCAAUGUCUUCUGUGUUCCUGGCAUGGUGCUAGAGUCUAAAGAUACGAAGAUGAGUAAGAUAUGUCCUCAGAAUGCGGCUGUCGUCUCUUGUUUUCUAGUAUAUGCCAUCUUGAACUUCUCUAAAAUACUGGGUACUUGUCAAUAACCCCUUUUCACGGUUACCGUUAUUGAGGGCUUCUAAUUUUGAAGUUGUAAAGGUGACUUGAUUCUUCCAGAAGCCAGUCCUUUCGGUAGAGUACUCCUUUUUCUCUAAAUUUGCUUUGGAGGGUCUAUCAAGCACAGCCUGACCCGCCCUUCUCCUCACCACGAAGGGCGUCCUGGACACUGAGUUUGGAAAGAGACUUGAAAACUGGACAUUUGGUUUUGUCCUGGGGUGAAACAAUAUCACCAUCAUAAUUUUGAGCCCAGAAGUGAUCUUUGUGAUCUUUUCACCUCCCUUUACAUAGGAAAUUAAAAACAAUGGUUUCAGCUCUCCACAACCCUCUGAAAUUGCUGAGCCGAGUGUACCAACAAGGCUGGCAUCACACUUACGUCCCGCAUCAUCUGAACAGUCCUCCACUCUGGUAGGAAACACCUCAGAUUUAUGUGUUAAAAAUCAGCCUGGUGCUGAAAUGACCCCCGUGAAUGUCAAAGCCAUUCCCCAGGACCUUGGGCAGUGUUAACAGCGCCCUGAGGAAGGAGCUCGAUCCACCCUGGACCCUGCAAUGUGGUGGUAGCACUUCAGCCUGGUCUGUGUAGCAGGAAAGAUUUCUCAGAAAGCAGUUUUCCUUUUAGGAUAAAUAAUUGUUGCUACAGGGCAGCUUCAAAGUCGACCCUCUAGAGGAGCGAGCGCAGGAUUGUCUUGUUUACUGUGCGGUUGGAGGGGCCGGGACGCGGCUUCCGCAGCAGCAUUUACUCUCACGUGUUCAUUCUCUGGCUUUUGCUUCUGCAGACAUUGCUUUGUACAUGAUUCAGACAGACUGUGAAUACAUCUUUUUUAAAUACCUUUCAAAUUCUUGGUAAGAUAUAAUUUUGAUAGAUGAUUGCAGAUUUUCCUAUAUUUGUCAAGUUAAUAAAGACCGCAUGAAUACA